UUGAACUGCAGGAGACGAUUCAGUGGAAGACUGCACGAAAUUCCUGCAAAAGCAGUUUCAACGUUGCAUACCGAACAGGCAAAAAUAUUUCGCAUUCGUAACGACAGCAACGGAUACGAACAACAUCGAUUUGGUGUUCAGUUCAGCGGUUGCCCAUAUCGUCAACCAGAAUCUCAAAGCUACCGGCCUUCACGAAUAAUGUGCAUUAUUUUUCUGUACAUAUUACGGCGGCUGGGCGUUGUCCAUCCACCACUUGUUGCUUUUUCAUUUAGUCCAUUGCGUUCAAGUCUGAUGAAACCUUUUUUUACAUUUGUAAAAUAGCU